AUGGUGUGUAGUAGUCACCUUAAAGCUAAAUACGUUCGAUUUUUAAUCAAAUAUCACUUGUGCAUACUUUGUUGUGUAUUUAUUAUGACAAGUAUUUGUAUAAUUUUUUUCAUACAUAAUCGUGAUCAAAUACAUCAUAAACAUUUAUUACGAGGUUUUCAAGCACAUGGAACAAAAGCAUCAGAUGAAUAUCGAAAAUUAAUUGCACUUAUACGUGAAACUCGAACAACACAUUUAUAUCCACAUGAAAUUAAUAGCGAAGCAUUUCAACAAACACCAUAUCCGUCUUUCAAUCCACAUAUUAAUCCUUGUUCAAAACGAUUUUAUUUAUCAAAAUGUCCUAUACUUCCUUAUACAGAAUUAAUAUUUGAAUUUAAUGAUAAUAAUACAAAAUUAUUCGAUGAUCUUAAUACAUUUAAAUCUAUUUGUAAACUUGAAUGGACUUUACGUAAUUUUUAUACAAAUUGUUCAACAAAUCAUUCAUGUUGUCAAUUCAUUGGACCAGUUGGACUUCUUUUUAAUGAUCAAUUAAUAUCAUUCGAACAAUGUGAUAAUAUAACACAAAAUGAUCUUGAUGAAUAUAAUAAAGAAUGGUUUUUAUGUACAACAUCAUCAUCGUCAUGUUUAAAUAGUAAACUUGAAAAUUAUUUAACUUAUAUUAAAUCAUCAUCAUCAUCAUUAAUAUUUAAAAUUUAUAUAUCAAUUGAAAAUAAUCAAACAAAACUUUUACAUCUCUAUGAUACAAUAUAUAAUUAUAAACAUAAAAAAAUUUUUUAUUUAAAAUUUCUUAAUUUUGAUAUUAAUGAUGAAGAAAUAAUAUUUAAUUAUUAUUUAGAAAAAAAUUAUUAUUUAAUUUAUUUAACAAUAUGUCUUUAUUUAUUUUGUCUUAUAUUAUUUAUUAAAAAUUUCUUCUUUAUUUUAAUUAUUAAUUUUCAUAUAUUAUUAACAUAUUUUUCAUGUUUUAUUAUUUAUUAUUAUUUAUUUCAUUUUCCAAUAACAAUAUUAAAUUAUACAAGUAUAAUAUUAUAUUUAUUUUUUAUACUUAUUGAUUCAUAUUUAUGGUAUACUUGUUGGUUUAUAAAUAAACAUAGACGUGAUGAUUGUACAAUACAACGUAUUAUUGAAAAUUUGCUCACACAAACAUUUUUUUAUUUAAUACCAAAAAAUAUAACAGCUAUUAUUACAUUUGUUAUUACAUAUACAAAUCAAAUUAUAGCAUUACAAUGUUUUACAGUAUUUUCUUUUUUACUUAUAUCAAUAUCAUUUUUUAUUUCAUUUAUUCUUUAUCCAGCUUCAUUUAUAUUUAUUCUUCGUUAUCAAUCAUCCAUUCCAACAAUGGAACAUCUUUCUCAUCGUUUUAUAACAUCUACAACAAAUUGUUUUAUUCAUCGUAUUGUUCCAUAUCUUAUCGUACGAUUAAAAGCAUUAUGGUUAAUUUUACUUACUAUAAUAUCUAUCUUAGCUUUUUUAAUUAUAUUUCAAUGGCCAAAAUUACAAUUUAAUGUAUGUCGUUUAACAUUUGAUACAUUACCAUCUCAUCAUUUAUCAUCGAAUAUUUAUGAAAAUUCAUUAAAUAGCUUAGAUAUUGAUGUAACAUAUUAUAUUGGUUCACAUUGGGAAGUACCAAAUGAAUCAUUAAUACCACUCAGGGAUAUUCCUAUACUUGAUUAUAAUUCAGAAAAUAAAAUGACAUCAGAACCCGAUGGAAUUGAUACAUUUGCUUAUGCAUUAAAACAUAAUUUAUCACAAUUAAUACAAUUUUGUUCAUCAUUAUCACAUCAAACAGAUAAAAAAUCAUCUGUAUAUAAACAUUAUCGUCGUCAUAUAUCAUCACAAAUACUUCACAAUAGUUCAAUUACUAGUACACCAAUUAUUUUAACUCAGGAUAAAAAUUUAAGUAUAAAUAAUUUUCAAUGUUUUGGUGAUUUAUUUUUAUCGAAUUCAAAUUCUUCAUUAUUAACAAAUACAAAAUUUUCUUCAUAUAUUUUAUAUCAUAAUAAUCAAACAAAUAAUUGUACAUUAAUAUGUUCAUUAAAUACAACAGAAUAUCAAUAUCAAUGUAUAUUAUGUUUAAAUUCUUUAUAUUAUUUAAAAAAUAAAUAUAAUGAUUUAUUUUUAAUAAAAAAUGGUUUAAGAUUUAUAAAUGAUGUACAAAAUCCACGUUAUUUAUUUCAAACAAUAAAUUAUAAAUGGUUAUUAAAAACAAAUUUAAAUAAUUUUUUUGAAUGGCAAUAUUUAAUUGAAAAUUUAAAAAAAAAUUUUAUUAUUAAAUUUUAUUCAAAUAUUUUUGCACGUAUGUCUUUUUGGUGGACAAGUGAAAUAUUUUCAAGUUAUACAAUUAUGAAACAAUUACAACAAGAAAAAUCUUUUUUAAUUAUUAUUAAAUUUAUUAUUAUAUUUGUUUUUUUAACUUUAUUUACUGGUAUUUUAGGAAUAUUUGUUACAUUAACUACAUUAUUAAAUUUUAGUACUUGUAUAGCUAUAUUUACUUUAUUAAAUUAUAAAUUAACAAUUGAAAAUCUAUCUUAUUUUGUUAUUAUACUUAUUGUUUGUUUACAAUAUUCAAUACUUUAUUCAAUUAGUUACAAAUUAGCACCAACAUUUUUUUUUCAACGUGAAAAUCGUACAAUGCAUUCACUUCAUCAAUUAUGUACAACAUUAUUUCAAUAUACAUUUUCAAUAAUAAUAAUUUCUAGUCCUUGUUUAUUUUCUUCAUUACCAUAUUUAUCAAAAUCAUCUAUGGUUUAUAUAAUAUCAUCUUUAAUUAGUUUUAUUUAUUCAACAUUUUUUCUUCAAUCACUUCUAUGUUUUUUUGGUCCAGCUGAACAUACAUGUUUUCUUAUGCGAUGGCGUUUAACAUUUACACGUAAUUUAAAUUUACAUACAACUAAUAAUAAUGAUACAUCAUUACGAAAUACAACAAAUAAUAUUACACGACGACAUCAUCGUACAUCAACAUCAUCAUAUUUUGCAUCAUCAUAUUUUUCACAGAUAUUUACAGGUUCAACUUAUUUUGAAAGUGAUUAUGGUGGUAUAAAUGAAAAUUUAACAUUAUCAUCAAGACGACGUGAAAGUUCACGUACUCAUUCAACAUCAUAUUUAACUAAACGUAGUUCAUUAUUAACAGGAGAAUUAAUUGAAUUAUAUACACCACGUGCUAGUCUUUCACCAUAUCCUCAUAAUAUUAAUUAUCAUCGUCAUAAUAGACAAUCAUCUGUUGUACGUGGUAUUCCAUCAACUACACCAGCUCGACCACUUUAUGUAUCUCCAUCAAUAUCACCUUAUUCACAAUUAAGUAUACAUUCACAGGGUCCUAUUCGACAACGUUCACCAUCUCCACAUAUUGUUCGACCAUCACGAUCACCAUCUCCUCAUAUUAUUCGACCAUCACGAUCACCAUCACCAUGUUCAUUUAUACCAUCAACAUCAACAAUAACUACUCUUCGACCAUGUUAUUCAGCGCCUCGUCUUCAUGCACCAAUACAUCGAACACAAACAACAAAUAUUAAACAAAAUGAUACACUUUUUGAAGAAACUCCAUCAACAAUUGAAAAACAAAAACAAAAAACAGUUACAAUUAUUCAACGACAAAAUGCUGUAUCAUCAAAAGAUGAUAUUGAACAAAUAUCAACAACGACAAAUUCACAAUUAUCAGCUGCUACACGACGAAAUAUGUUAAAAGAAACAGCAAUUGAAUCGGAUGAUGGUCCUGUUUGGCUUAAACGAUCAAAUAGUAGUUAG